AUGAUGAUGAUGAUGAUGAUGCAGCAGCAACAACAACAGCAGCAGCAGCAGAAAUCGAUGCGUCCGACGAAUCAAUUGGAGCUACAAUUCGCUUACCAAGACGCUUGGCGUGUCUGUCAUCCGGAUGUCAAACGACCUUUCGCUUCUCUCGAAGACGCUUGUGAAAGAUUGUUGCCUUAUCACGUCGCAGCGGAUUACGAAGCAGAAGAAGACGACAGGAUCCUCGAAUCGGACACGACAGGCGAGACAAUACCCCGGUGUCAGCAAUGGGACAACAACAUUGCAGCCAAGGUUGCGGAGUACAUGGCUACGUUUGAGAAACAAGCUGAAACAUUCAACAAGAUAACUCAGAAGAGAAGAAAUGGAGAGUUAAGAGGUGAGGAAAGGUUGAUGAUUGAGCAGGCUUUGAUGCAAGACGAAAGGCAAGCAUGUUUUGAGGUGAAGUCGGAGUUGGAUAGAGAGGUUAAGGCUCAGCAGGAGGCAAGGUUUAGAAUGACGGCUUUUGCGGCGGCUCAAGGAGGACAAGUGAAGGCAGAGUCGCACCAGUCUCAUCUGGCUUGUAACCCGUUGAGAGCUAAUGCGAUUGGGAACCAUGGAGAACAGAGACGUAACAUGAACCCUGAUGAGAUGAUGAUGAUGAUGAUGCAUGGAUGGGGUAAUCACAACAACAACAACAAUCUCAAUGGACAGAGAGAGGAGAAGGAGCCAUUAGAAGAUUUCUUGAAUGAUGAAGAGCAUGAGAAUGGAGAAACUGGUCAACGUGAGAGCUGGCGAGGCAAUGGGGAAUUUGAUUUGAAUACUCGGUAA